AUGGUUGACACCUCCUUGUCCGUCCCCCCUACGACUAUCGACGCCAUCGCUGCAUCUGUUAAAGCCCUCUCCACUUCCUUUCAUAGCGGCGCCACACGCGAUGUGAAGACUCGUUUAAAGCAACUCAAGCAGCUGCGACGUAUGGUGAAUGAGAACGUGCAAGAGUUGCAGGAUGCACUAUACCAAGACCUACGCAAGCCACCAGCGGAGACACUUAUCGCCGAGCUGGCACCCGUCCGAGGUGAGAUUUCGCUUCAUGAGGAGGAACUAGAGAACUGGGCAGCACCCGAGCGUGUUUGGACCAAUGUAGCCAAUUUUCCUGGCCACUCUUGUAUCCUGCGCGAGCCUCUCGGUGUCAUAUGUGUGAUCUCAACGUGGAAUUGCCCCAUACAACUCUCGCUCAUGCCACUAGUUGGUGCACUCAGUGCCGGCAAUUGUGUACUAUUGAGAUUACCACCCGAUGACACAUGUGUGCAUACUUCCAAGCUAUUAUUUAAACUUGUUUUAAAGUAUAUGGACUCACGCUUCGUACGCGCGGUUCAUGGUGGCAUAUUGGUCACGCAAGUUACACUUCAGCAGAAGUUUGACCUGAUAUUUUGCACAGGUGCUGCGACGACAGGCAAAAUCGUGGCGACUGCUGCGGCUACGACACUGACGCCCACUAUCCUAGUGCUCGGCGGUAAGUCUCCCACUAUCGUGGACGAGACGUGUGAUAUUGUCGUAGCAGCACGACGCAUUACAUGGGCAGCAUUUAUGAAUGCCGGACAAAUGUUUCUUCGUCCAGACUAUAUCCUUGUGAGUGCUAAGGUUGGCGAUUUACUAAUUUCUGCAUUAUGUAAGGAAAUCACGGCAUUCUUUGGCGAUGAUCCACAAAAAAGUGCAUCAUUUGGGCGGCUUUUAACACAAAAGUGCUUUGAUCGUGUCGCUACGAUCUUAAAGCAGGAUGCAAAGUACGUUGUUAUAGGAAACGAGAAAGACCGAGAAGAUUGUUUUGUGGCACCAACUGUACUGAAUUUCAAAAAGGAUUUAAAUGCCUUUGCGUCUAGUGGGGUUAUGCGUGAGGAAGUGUUUGGUCCUAUCCUGCCUGUGGUUUACUAUGAUACACUGGAUGAGGUAGUUGCUUUUGUCAAAGAAAGAGAAAGAUCGCUUGCACUCUACUUGUACUCGUUGGAUCGCAAAACCCGUGCUCGUUUCUUGACCGAAACGUGUUCUGGUAGUGUCUGUGUAAAUGAUAGUAUGGUACAAUCAUCGAAUUUAAAUCUACCGUUUGGUGGAGUUGGAGCGUCGGGUAUAGGCUCCUACCACGGCAAAUACUCUUUUGAUGCUUUCUCGCACAAAAAGAGCGUUUUGACCAAGUACACGAUGAUGGAUUUACCUCAUCGGUAUAUGCCGUACAACAAGUCUAAAACGAAAAUGAUGUUGCUGCUGCUGAAGCCAUUGCCUAGCACGCUCAUUGCAAUCGUGGCGUACGCCUUCAUCUCGUUGGGCUUCGUCAUCAUGGGAUUGGGAUUGCAAUAUUUUCGGGGUCAGGCUAUCAUCGACGAGUAA